AUGGCGAAAGGAAAAUCUUUCAUCCGCCGCAACCUCCUCACCAUCCUCACGGUCAUAGGAGUAGUAGGAGGCACCCUCACCGGCAUAAUCAUCAGGAAAGUCACCGGAGGCCAUUGGAGCAAGAGAGAAACCAUGUACCUAGCCUUCCCCGGCGAAAUUUUCUUAAGGAUGCUGAAGUGUCUCAUCAUCCCACUGCUGAUGAGCUCCGUCAUCCAGGCGAUAGGCUCGCUCGACCUCAGCCUGUCCAAGAAGAUAGCCAUCAGGUCCAUAGCUUACUAUUCAGCCACCACUAUCUGCGCCGUUAUUUUGGGGAUCCUGCUGGUGAUCACCAUUAGGCCGGGUGUGGGGGGAACACCUUGGUCAGGGGAAGCUUCGGAGAAGGUCUCUAGGCACGUGCUUACUCAGGAUACUCUACUAGAUCUUAUCAGAAACCUCUUUCCUCCAAAUAUCGUCCAAGCAUGUGUAUCUCAGUCUCAAACAUUCCUGAUAGAGCCGACAAACGAGACAGUAAAGAAAAUGGGAGAAGAAUACUGGAAAUUCGAGGAAAAAUACGAAUCUACAACGAAUGUCCUUGGAUUGGUAGUCUUCGCCAUCAUUUUCGGAAUCACAUUGGGCAAACUAGGAGAACGAGCCAAAAUUCUCCUGGACUUUUUUGAAGCUCUCAGCGAAGCAAUGAUGAUCAUUACUAGUUGGGUGAUUUGGAUCUCCCCUAUCGGUGUUUUCUUCCUUGUAGCAGCUAAGGUUUUAGAAAUCGAGAGCUUCGCAGACUUAGUAGGAAGACUGGGAUUGUACUUCGCCACCGUGCUACUGGGUCUCUUCCUCCACGGCUUCGGAACUCUGUCCAUCCUCUACUUCAUAGCAGUCAGAAGGCUACCCUUCAAGGUCAUAGCUCAGCUCAGUCAAGUGCUGGUAACAGCUUUUGGUACAGCUUCAAGUUCAGCUACAAUGCCGAUCAGCAUUCAAACGAUGGAUCGGAUGGGUUUGGACCCAAGAGUGACACGGUUCGUCAUACCGAUAGGAGCCACAAUUAAUAUGGACGGGACAGCUUUGUACGAAGCCGUUGCAGCUAUUUUCAUUGCUCAGCUCAACAACAUUCCACUCACUUUUGGCAAAACGAUAGCUGUUUGUGUUACUGCGACUGCUGCUAGUAUAGGAGCUGCAGGAAUCCCACAAGCAGGAUUGGUCACCAUGGUGAUGGUAUUAGACACUGUGGGAUUGCCAUCAGAAGAAGUCAUCAACAUCAUCGCCGUUGAUUGGCUUCUUGAUCGAUUCAGGACGACGAUUAACGUAAUGUGCGACUGCUUGGGAGCUAGACUAGUAGAUAUAUUGAGUGUUGGAGAGCUGGGCGUCUUAACGGAAACAGAUAAACUGAACGCGGAACCCCAAGAGCUAGUGGAAAUUUCCAAAAUUGACAGCCAUUGAAAGAUUAGAUGAAUUGAACCAUCACUGUUUCCAAAUCAGUAUCCAUCAAAUGUUCGUAUCAUGCUCAUAUAACUAGUCAUUUAAUUUUUAGUUCACCAAGUAUUAGCUGAUGUGUGUUGUUUUUUGAAUAAGUAAUGGAAAAUCAAUCAAUGGAUGAUUGAGACGAUAUAGGUUUCUUUCUGGGAUCCAUCUUCAGUGUACAUAUACUCUGAAUCAUAUGACUUUCAUUUGAGGUUACUUAGGAAUAGAAAUAGGUAGUAAACCUACAAAUUCAAUUGAUGUAAAAGUGGUAUUUUUGAUGUCUAUUAAUAUUCGAAAUCUGACAUGAACCAUUUGUCAAUUAGUUUAAAAACCCAGUUACUUUUUGAGAGAUACUUUCGCACUGAUGCAUUUGUUUUUUCGUACCCUCAGUUCUAGGGUUCUAUGGAUCAAAAUGUACAUUCACCAAAUGAAUAAGUGAGUAUUGUAUUAAUGGAGUUUUGUAUGAAUUAGGGACCAAAUCUUAUUUAUAAGUAGAAACAUACAUCACCAUUUGUUUUGUUCGAAAUAUUUUGUAUAAAUAAUUAUUAUAUAUGAAAAAUAUUAUUGAUGAAAUAACUGCCGAUAUUUUAAUCAUCAUAUUCAUUUAGUGCCAUAUUUAUUGUUAUGUUUUUUCGUGAUAUAUUAUAUAUCAUUAUCUAUAUAGAAUUCUUGUUAACUACCUGCUUUUUAGUAAAUCAUCUUAUUCAUGUUUCUAGAUAUAAAAGUGUUGGAAUAUGUGAAUAAAACAUUUUAAGAAUCAC